GAAGCUAGGCAUACAGUGAUAAUAAACUCACCUGCUAUUUUUUUUUUCCUUUCCACGCGCAAUAGUGUCUACUUCGCUGGUCCCUCAUCCUCAGCUCAGGCCUUAGGCGAUUUACCGGCUCCCUCGGCGAUCAUGAAUGUGCUCAAGCUGCAGAGGAAAUAUCCUCAGUUCCCGCAGAGUGAGAUCUUCGGCCUCACUGAUUCAUUCCGCAAGCUCGAUGUCGACGACAAGGGUUACAUUGACGAGGCUACCGCUAUCAAAGCUACCCAACAAGCCGAGCGGCAGCCAUACGACGUCGUUCGACAGGCACUGAAGGAAGUUGAGCUCGACUCGUCGAGACGUGUGGAGCUCGAGGACUAUGUCGCGCUCAUUGCGAAACUCCGCGACUCGUCGCCCGCCCAGAAGCGGCUCUCCACUGGCCCUAGCCCCUCGUCCCCGGCUGGUGUGAUCGCUCAGAGAACCGGCGGCCACGCCUCCAAGGGCAGCAUCGGCGGAGGCUCGGGCGGCAAGAUCUUCGUGCAGGGUUCCAAUUCUAACAUCACGCACACCAUCAACGAAGAUGAGCGCACCGAGUUCACCCGCCAUAUCAAUGCCGUUCUGGCCGGGGAUCCCGAUCUUGGCAGCCGCCUGCCGUUCCCUACGGAUACGUUCGAAAUGUUCGACGACUGCAAGGAUGGUCUGGUCCUGGCGAAGCUCAUCAAUGAUAGCGUUCCGGAUACCAUUGACGAGCGUGUGCUCAACUUGCCCGGAAAGAGGACCAAGAACCUCAACGCCUUCCAGAUGACUGAGAACAACAACAUCGUUAUCGAGUCGGCUAAGGGCAUUGGCUGCUCGGUGGUGAAUAUUGGCAGUGGGGACAUCAUCGAGGUCCGCGAACAUCUAAUCUUGGGACUCAUCUGGCAGAUUAUCCGACGCGGUCUGCUUGGGAAGAUCGACAUCAAGCUUCAUCCCGAAUUGUACCGGCUUCUGGAGGAAGAUGAGACAUUGGAGCAGUUCUUGCGGCUACCACCGGAGCAGAUCCUGCUUCGCUGGUUCAACUACCACCUCAAGGCGGCCAACUGGCCCCGGAGGGUACAGAAUUUCUCGAGCGAUGUCAAGGAUGGUGAGAACUACACCGUGUUGUUGGCACAGAUUGGAUCUGAAUACGGCUGCACGCGGGCUCCCCUCCAGACACGAGAUCUGCUCCAACGGGCGGAGGAAGUGCUGGUCAAUGCCGAUCGGCUGAGUUGUCGGAAGUUCCUCACGCCGACCUCUCUCGUCGCCGGGAACCCCAAGCUCAACCUAGCCUUUGUCGCCAACCUGUUCAACACUCAUCCCGCCCUUGACCCGAUUACCGAGGAGGAGAAGCUCGAGGUCGAGGACUUCGAUGCCGAAGGCGAGCGAGAGGCGCGCGUCUUCACCCUAUGGCUCAACAGCUUGGAUGUCCAACCUGCGGUCCAGUCCUUCUUUGACGAUCUCCGAGAUGGCAGUAUCCUGCUUCAGGCGUACGACAAGGUCGUCAAGGGAUCCGUCAAUUGGCGCCACGUCAACAAGCCGCCGGCCCACGGCGGCGAGAUGCUCCGAUUCAAGGCGGUGGAGAACACGAAUUACGCUAUUGAGCUGGGCAAGCAGUACGGCUUCUCUCUAGUCGGCAUCCAGGGUGCAGAUAUCACCGACGGCCAGCGCACGCUCACCCUUGGCCUCGUGUGGCAGCUCAUGCGCAAGGACAUAACCGUGACGCUAUCGGCUCUGGCGCAACGGCUCGGCAAGCGGGAGAUAACAGACGCCGAGAUGGUGCGGUGGGCAAACGAAAUGAGCCGCAAGGGCGGGCGCAAUUCAAGCAUCCGGUCUUUCAAAGACCCGGCCAUCGGGACCGGCGUCUUCCUCCUCGACGUGCUCAACGGCAUGAAGAGCAGCUACGUCGACUACGACCUCGUCACGCCGGGCCACAGGGACGAGGACGCGUACGCAAACGCCAAGCUGAGCAUCAGUAUUGCGAGAAAGCUGGGCGCCACAAUCUGGCUGGUGCCUGAGGAUAUCUGCCAGGUGCGCAGUCGGCUAGUGACAACUUUCAUUGGCUCUCUGAUGGCGACGUAUGAGAAGAUGUAGACUUUUCUUCUUCCUCUUUUCUUUAUUCUUUGCCUGCCUGCCUUGCCGAGAGGAGGGGUCACGGGAGGAUACAUGCCCGCGGCUUGCGGCUGCAUCCUUGGGAAAAGUUGAUUGCCGAAUGGUUAUCCUUACUACAGUUUUCUUUGACUUCAUCAUGUUUGAAUGCCUGUUUCAGUAGUAUCCUUCAAACUUGUGUGAGCCAACACCAGACCAAGGCAUCCGUGAAGACCAGG